UAGAUGUACAUGUAGAAAUUGAAGAGAAAGAAAGAAAGAAAACAAAGAGUGCGAGAAAUUCUUACUUCUUACAAAGGAGAAACCUAGCCUAACAGCCUAACCAAACCAGUCGAACGUGGUCUGUGUAUUUAUAUUGUGGCCGGUUGAGAAGAAGCAUUGAAAGUAAUAUUGUAGCGAAUAAUCAAUUUUUGUACCGUAAUAUAUUCUGUUUAGAACUUUCAUUCAUUAGAUUAUGCGGAUUGUAUAAUUAAUGAAUAUCAGAGCAUAUUCUAUCAUAUAAAUUAAUUGUAUGACACGUGUGCUUCAUUAUUAUUGUCACAGAAUUUCAGGUGAGGUUAAACACAGUGCAUCAGUUCUGCAAACGUGCUAUGUUAAUCAGUUGCCGGAUUCUUUGUGUCUUAUGCUGUGAUGGAAGAUGUAGGCGCCACAGUUUUCUACGAUGAGGACGAUUGUUUGGACUAUGGAUGUUUAUACAACAAUGUUGAAUAUGAUUAUGAUUAUGCAGAUACAGAGAAGGAAACUCUACAUGAAUUGUAUCAGUAUUGUCUUAGUCCUAGUUUAUAUGAUACAGGAUAUAAUAUACUGCCUUUAUUGGGCUGCGCAAUCUUAUUUAGAUUGUUUAUUCACAUUCAAUACAUAUCACACAAGAUAUUUCAUAUAUUAUCAAUAAUUAUAGGCUUGUAUAUUAUCUACCAUUAUGCGCAUGAAACUUUAAAUGUAUUGAUUGUAUAUGUUCUAUUUUCUUAUGCUAUUCUAUAUAUGCCAAAAAAAUGGCAUAGUGGUAUAGGAAUCUUUUUACCAUCUCUUUUGAUAAUUGCAUACUGCGAAUUUUUUAUGCAGUCAAUAACAUGGCACAGAGUACGCAGUGUCAUUAUGACUAUGGUGAUGAAAGCGAUUAGUGUUGCCAUUGAUAAAGAUGAUUUGAAAAACUUGCCAGAUAUUUAUAGUUACAUGGGUUACAUGUUCUGUGGUGUAACUUGUCUAUUUGGACCCUGGGUAUCCUUUAAUGAUUAUCUAUUGUUGCAUUGUUCUAAGAUUCAGGCAAAACGGUGGAUAAUAUGCAGCAUGGGAUAUGCCAUUCUUUCUUUUGUCUUUCUAAGCAUUUCAAACUGUUGGAUGCAGUGGAUAUUUGUAGAUAACUCAUGGAAGUGGUUGAUAGCAUACAGAGAUGCAUUGUCUUUUCGAGCAUCUCACUACUUUAUAUCAUACAUAGCUUCGGCACUGUUAGUUUUAGGUGGAUUUCCACUUUCAACAUCAAUGGUAGUUAAGCCUUUGUACAUCGAGUUUCCACACUCGCUCGUUCAAGUUGUGGUUUAUUGGAACAUUCCUAUGCAUUAUUGGCUAAAAACUUAUAUCUUCCGUCCUAGUAUUAAAAAUUUUGGAACGUUUGGCGCGGUGAUCAUCACAUAUCUAAUAAGCUCUCUUUUACACGGAUUGAAUUUUCAACUAGCAGCUGUGUUACUUAGUUUAGGAUUUUAUACAUAUGUCGAAUUUCAACUCAGGGCCAUGCUUGCGGACACUUUCGAUGCUUGUAUCGCAUCGAAACAAUGCGCCAAACGAAAAUGCGCACACAAAUAUAAUUCUUCCAAUUGUUGGUGGGUGUUUAUGACAAAUCUGGCAUUCUCUGGAUUGGCGAUGUUUCACUUGGCUUAUUUAGGUCUCAUGUUUGAUACGUCCGAACUGCAAGAAACAGGGUACAGUUAUAGCCAUACGAUCGACAAAUGGACUGAACUUGGAUUUGCUAGUCACUGGGUAGCUUUGACUACAUAUUGCAUAUAUUUUUUAAUGAAGUAAAUUAUUUUGUAUAAGUAUGACUUAU